CGGGGAGUGGCUGGGCGGUGCCGGCGCAGCAGACGAUGCCACUUCCAGUUACAACACAGGGAUCACAGCAAACUCAGCCGCCACAGAAGCACUAUGGCAUUACUUCUCCCUUCAGCUUAGCAGCCCCCAAGGAGACUGACUGCCUACUCACACAGAAGCUAGUGGAGACUCUGAAGCCCUUUGGGGUUUUUGAAGAGGAAGAGGAAAUGCAGCGCAGGAUCUUAAUUUUGGGAAAAUUAAAUAACCUGGUAAAAGAGUGGAUACGAGAAAUCAGUGAAAGCGAGAAUCUUCCACAAUCUGUAAUUGAAAAUGUUGGUGGGAAAAUGUUUGCAUUUGGCUCUUAUAGAUCAGGAGUACAUACAAAAGGUGCUGAUACUGAUGCAUUGUGUGUUGUACCAAGACAUGUUGGUCAAAGUGAUUUUUUCACCUCGUUCUAUGAUAAGUUGAAAUUACAGGAAGAAGUAAAAGAUUUAAGAGCUGUUGAAGAGGCAUUUGUACCAGUUAUCAAACUGUGUUUUGAUGGGAUAGAGAUUGAUAUUUUGUUUGCAAGAUUAGCACUGCAGACUAUUCCAGAAGACUUGGACUUAACAGCUGACAGUCUGCUUAAAAAUUUAGAUAUAAGAUGUAUAAGAAGUCUUAACAGUUGCAGGGUAACCGAUGAAAUUUUACAUCUAGUACCAAACAUUGACAACUUCAGGUUAACCCUGAGAGCUAUCAAACUGUGGGCCAAACGCCACAACGUCUAUUCCAAUAUAUUAGGUUUCCUCGGUGGUGUUUCCUGCGCUAUGCUAGUAGCAAGAACUUGCCAGCUUUAUCCAAAUGCGAUAGCAUUAACUCUUGUACAGAAAUUUUUCUUGGUAUUUUCUAAAUGGUAUGUGUUUAGAUUAUAUUAAAAUAAAAUUGAUUGUAGAA